AUGGCGGGUGAGAAUGAAGCGAUUACGCUGGACGAAAUCCUGCCUAUAGACGAUAGCAUGAUAGAAUAUACCGAGAAGAGGGAUAGAUUUGCUGAUAUGUUCGAGCGCAGUGUGAGCAGCUUCGAGGGGAAUGUGAUGAUUCUCGACAAGUACUGGUACAGCGACGAUAAAAAGCUGGAUAAAGUUACGCAAUUUCUCCCGCACGCUGCAGAAUUCAAGCUGAACGGAUUGUAUUAUAAUAGCCAAUUUGAAGGCUGCUUGAAGGCAUGUUUAGAGUUGCUGGGAAAACACAGCGAGUUGAGCGAUAACAAGGAGAUAAGGGAUAUCGUGAUGAGGUCAUUGAAUAGAUUAGAGGGGAGUGUAAAAGAUGGCUAUGUGGAUUGGCUGUGUAGUAGGUACCCUUCUAUACUGGCUAAUGAAGCUGGCGUAGAAGACUCCAAGUUGUAUAGAAGUGUAAAAGAGUUGUAA